AUGAGGGCUUCUGCACUUUCAAUAGUUCCAGAAUCCGAGCCCGCGACUUCUGAUGAUCAUGGCACACCUACGAGCAACUUGGACGACAUACCAAUCGAUCCGGCUUUAAUGGAUUCGGCGGACAAACUGCCGAUAUUUGCUGAGCAUAAUGGGUCAUUUCAGGGGAUUUCAAAAGACCAUGAUGAAGAACCUGACGAAGAACAAUCAGCCCAACUCGUGGAAACGGACCAUUUCGUUCGCGAGUAUUCCCAAGGCCCUCAGGGUGAUCCGUUCGCCCCUCAACCUCAACCAGUAUUCUUCCAACCACCACUUGAUCAACCACAGCUUUUGCCCUCGCAGAAGUCCAUGAAACGGAAAAGAAAACAGAAAAGAGAUGCGUCGUGCGAUGCUUGCUCAGGAAAUGAUGCGGGAAAUAGAGAUGGAGACCCAGAAACAAUGCUGAGUUGCGUCGAUUGUGGGCGAAAUUGUCAUCCGAGUUGUCUGUCCCUGAAACACAUGAGAGUCGAUGCAUUGAGGUCGAGGCCUUGGAAGUGCGCAGCAUGUAAGAGUUGCGAGAUAUGUGGAAGCAAGGAUAAUGAUAACUACGCUUCAAUCUUACCCACUUUGCAGCAAGAUCUUCUCCUAUGUGAUGGCUGUGAUCGAGGAUGGCACGGCUCUUGUUUUGAUCCUCCGGUCGAAACCCCGGAAGGAGAUUGGUUCUGCUCAGAAUGCUCAGACAAUCCUCAUCUGCAUACUGACCUGAAUGUGACUUGUGAUCCUUCUAACAACGAUCAACCAACCUUGGACGAAUAUUCCGAAAUUCCAAUGCGUGCAGUAUCCAUUGCUUCUUCCUCGCGUUCACAGCCCGCUCAAGCGAAAUCAAGAAUGGAUAACGAAGAGUUGGAGAUGGAAGUGGAAACGAGAGCUACACCUUUACGGCGUACGAGAACAAAAUCGAUGCAAUCAUUGAAGAAGGGUAAAGGUCCCGCUCUUGAUCAUUCGGACGACGACCUUGUUACUCCUAAUGCCCGCCAGACGAAACGUAUGCGGCUCCGUCUGCAGUCUCCUGCACAACCAUCUAACAAUAUCAAUAUACCCAAGGUCCGCCUUCGGAUUACUCAGAAGGGAAAAGGAAAAGCGAAGGAGAGAGAAGAGGAAGAAUCGAAAGGAUUGUUUGAUGAUGUACUUGGAGGGGAUGAACGAGACACCUCAAAGACGGUCAUCUUGCCAUCUGAUAAGCAACGGUUCGAGCGAAGUCGGGCUAUAGCUGAAGAAAAGCUCGCUCCACGCCCUCGACGAACCUCUGAAAACCCGGAAGACGAACCAGUCGCAGGCCCUUCUUCUCGGCCCCUUCGUUCAAGUACACUCAACCAGAUUCCCUUUUCCCCAACUUCCGACUCUCCAACACCUUCAACUCCCGGUGGACCCCUCACGACUAACACUGACCCGCCUACUCUCCGCAUCAGAACGAUUCGAUUUGGUGCACACGAAAUCAAAACUUGGUAUGAUGCACCGUUCCCAGAAGAAUAUGCCAACAUUCCAGAUGGGCGCUUAUGGAUCUGCGAGUUCUGUCUGAAAUACAUGAAGAGCAAGUUUGGUGCGGUUCGCCAUCGGAUGAAAUGCAAAGCAAAACAUCCACCAGGGGACGAGAUAUACAGAGAUGGUUCAGUGUCGAUAUUUGAAGUCGAUGGUAGAAAGAACAAGAUCUACUGCCAAAAUCUGUGUCUCUUAUCCAAGAUGUAUCUUGAUCACAAAUCUUUGUUCUACGAUGUCGAACCCUUUCUAUUCUACGUGAUGACCGAAGUCGACGACGUGGGCGCACGUUUUGUUGGAUAUUUUAGCAAGGAGAAACGUAGCCCAAAGGACUACAAUGUCAGCUGUAUCAUGACUCUGCCUCUCAUUUUAAUGAAUCCGCCAGGCUAUCUAUUAUCGAAGAAGGAACAGCGAACAGGCUCACCCGAAAAGCCGUUGUCUGCUCUAGGUGCCCUUGGAUACAAAAACUAUUGGACAUUAUCUCUUAUGCGCUACCUUGAAACCGCUCCUGAAAACCCGCGACUGGAAGACAUCAGCACUGCUACAUCCAUGACAAUCGAAGACAUAUAUAACAUUCUCGUACAACAAAAUAUGAUAUCCUCUCGUCCCGUCACCCCACCUUCAAUUCGGCCAUCUCCUGGACAGUCUAUCAAAUACGUCAAAGGUCGAAGAGGCGGUAGUGUCGCACGUCGCAAUUUGCAACGUACACUAACGAACACCACUGAACGAAGUCAAACCGACGAUAACAAAAACUCAAACGACAAUCAUCAUCAUGUACCCAUAGGUCCGUUCAUUGCCCCAAAAGAAUACGAAAUAACAUGGGACCCAGAGGUCGUGCGAAAUUAUAUGCAGAAUUGGGAGGCAAAAGGGUAUUUGAAGUUACGAGCUGAAAAGCUGAAGUGGAGUCCGUUCCUACUGGUCAGGGCUGGUGCGGAAGGGGAGUUCGGGGUCGUGAAGAAGACAGAGGCGAAGGAAGCUGUUGGGACAGGACCAUUUAUUAGCGACAACAGGCUCACUGCUUUGACGACGAAUGGGUUAUCAAUAGAAGAAGGUAGCGCAAGUCGAGGGACCGACACUCCGUUAUCAUUAUUCGAUGAUGAUAAUGUCGUAAAUGCGGCCGAAAUGGAGGCAAGUAAUCUCUCGAAAUCUUCUGCACAAUCUCCACAACCAACAUUAUCCAACAAACCCCCAUUAAAUGGUCGAAGGCGUAUGCUGUCCAAAAGAAAUUCGACCCCGGAACGUGAAUUAUCACCUUCCCCAAGGCAUCGGAGAAAACGUGCAAAUGUUUCAACUGCUACAUGUGGUACAGGAGAUGUUAUCGCGGAUGAAAACAGCUCGGUAGAUAUUUUGGUGCCACAACUCGUUCCAACGCGCAAUCUAGAGCCAAGCUCAACCUUAGAAGCUCUUGAUGUGUCCAACAAAAUUCAUCAGGAAGAUGUAUUGGACGAUCCCUCGGAGAUUGAUAAUCUUGCUGGCGCAGAUAUGCCUGUGGGGCCCUCUACCCUUCAGAGGAUAUCGAAGAUGUCGAAGCAAAAUGAAAACCACACAAAGGAUGAGAUUGAGAAUGGAUCUGAGAAGAAGGAAGGUAAUGUCAAAUUGGAUGAGAAAAGUGUAGAAGCAGAAGAAAGCGCGGUAGAAGCUGGACAUUGGGACACACAAAGAAAAUGCUCCCCUGCUGAUCACAUGGAUAUCGAAGAAGCCGUAGAAGCUGAAGUUGUGCUCGGGCGUAGAAGUAUUAGCAGGAGCUCUCGACAGGUCUCUACUCUGGUCAAACGAGUGACGAGACAAUCUUCCAAGCAUUCUUCGGUCGCGUCUCCGCCACCCAUCAUAUCGGUCGAUGACGAGCUCAUGCAGCUUGAAGGAACAGAAUUAGUCCCCGCCACAAGGCCGAGGCAACUACGCAAUUUUGCAGUGGCGGUCGCAUCUGAUGAUUCUGGUGACUUUUUGGCCGGCCCUGUUUCAGACGAACUUCAGGUGAACGGGCGAAAACCUGGAAAGCCCCAACAGCGGAAGCAGGUCGAGAGUGUCCCAGAACAUAAUGUGCAUUCCGAGUCUCCUGUCUCUGUUUCCAAUCCUUCCAUAACGGACAGCAUGGAAGACUUGUUUGGUGAUGGCGAUGCUAGUCUUAAGGGUUCUGAAUCAGUAGAAGCCACCGCUGCUACGAGUCUGCUGUCUCUUCUUCAUUCAAAACCUGUCGUCUUUGCGGCAUUGAAUGGUGAUGCUACCGUUGAUAUGAAGCAUGCAUCUCAGUCGAAAGAACUCCAGGACUACGAUGUGAAAGUGGAGGACAUAGAUGCAGGGAGUCGGCAUAGCAUUCCAAGUGAUAUCACUGUCUUCGGGAGUGAUACUCAAUCUGUCAGGGUAGUGACAAAAGAUGACGAAGGGGUCGAUGUGGAAAUGGUUGACGCACAAGGAGGAGAAGAUGGAGACCUUGAUGCGGAUGGGUCGGUAGAUGAUGGAGAGUAUGAUAUAGAUGAUAAUUGUGCUUUACCUUCUACUUCUCGCUCAAAUCUUGCUUUGCGCGUCACUUCACUCAAACGAACCGCUUGCGGACCACAGCUUGCGACCCAGACCAGCCCGGGAUGCCAGUUGGGCAGCGACACAGUGAUGCAGUAUGGACACCUGGGAAUGGGAGAACGACGAGAUUCUGGGAUGGACAAUGGUUCGACAACUUUCCAGUCCCACGUCCCCAGUUUAAACCAGGCUUUGGGUCAUGGUCACAUCGGCUCUGCUUUUUCUCGUGCUCACAAUCAAGAUUAUCGUGUCUCUCCGUCUCCUCCCGUACACCCUCAACAGAACGGCCAGCCGGCUCAGCAACCAAAGGAAAGUUACCUAGCUUAUGGUGUACCCUCUGCCAGCCAGGUCAAACGGAAACAUAUAGCAGAUGGCGUACUCAAUCAAACAAAUAACAAGCGUCGAAGGGAUGUAGAAGAUGCAGCAGACAGUUUUGACGAUCCAGGCGGACAGGGCGCCAAACACUGGACCGAUGAAGAAAAAUCCAAACUAUUCAAAUGGCUCAUGGGUCCCGGUCAAGAUGAUCAUUGGAACUCUUUGCGAGCGACUAAGAAUUCUUGUCUUAGAGAGGUGAUUGAGUCUCCUUCACACAUUUUAGCCGUCGCUAACGUUUCGCAGUGUGCUCACGAGGUUUUUGGCAGUAAGAAAACCUACCAAGCUCUAAAAGGUUGCUACGAACGCAACUUUAAUCUGUUCAAACAGAUACACAUCUUCGAGAACUUCCUUGGAGCCACGGGUUCAUUGGAGCUCAGUCCUGAUCUUAGUGAAACAGAUUCACUUCGUGAAUACGAGCGUCGAUUAGCAAGUGCCCGAAAAGCAGGAUGCGACGUUGGCAAUAUCACCGCUCGCACAAUAGAUCAAUGGCAUAGAAAUGGCUGCGGCGUUCCUCACGAUGACGAUGAUAACGAUGACCACGGGCUUGAUUUUUCACAUCCGCUCACUCAGGCUGUGAACAGUGUUUCCGGGUUGUCUCAUGACCGGUCAUCAUCUCUAGCCAUGUCAUUUAUGAAUCCUUCCGAGAUGCAGCACGCGCCGCCUAUUUCUCCCCAUACAAAUGUCCAUAUGUCUACACAACCUUCACAUACAUCCCCAAUAUUGUCUUCUUCCGCUCCUUCUUCUGGGUCUCUAGCGAACAACCUCCUCGGAUCGUCAAAUUCGUUAUCCAAUUCAUCCUCCCUUCUCAAUUCGUCACUCAAUCCUGCGCUGCUUCAGACCGGUUCCCCAUCAUUUUCUUCCACAUCAACACUUUCUUCCACAAAUACAGCAUCAUCUACGCUCACGUCUUCCUCAUCUUCAUCCGGUUCCAAUCCUCCCUCUUCAACUCCUUCUUCUUCCUCCUCCUUAGUGUCUUCUUCUGAUCAAGCCGUCGUCAAUCUUACCAUUACCCAAAGCAUGGUCUCUUCGUAUCUCCAGUUUCUACAGGCCCAAACACACGCUAGUAAAAUGAAGUUGGAGUACAUGCGAAAACGCGAAGAAAGGGAGGAGAGGGACAGUCAGCAGCGUAGAGAGCUAGAGAGGCUCAAAAUGGAAAGGGAGAGGGCAGAAUUCGACCAUAAGCAAAGCUCGGCGAAUACGAAGCAAAAAGCUGAUAGAGCUAUCGAGCUCCUGGGAAACGAUAAAGUUGACGCUACAGUCAAGCAAGCAGCUUCAGAAUUUUUGAAGCGACUCUUCUCGUCAGAUUGA